AUGAGCUCCAAAUUUGCCAAUCGGAAAAAGCCCCGCAAGAUUGGCGGAGAUGAUGAAGAUGAUGGGGACGGACAAGGUCCAAUUGUUAAGCGACCUGUUAGUUCUAAAGUAAAGCAGAAAUCAAAAUUACGCCUUUCGUUCGGUCCCGGCGGAACUUCUAUGGCCGACGAUGACGGACAGGAAGGCGAAGUUGUAUUGGGCAAGAGACCUGGUCCUAGCAGAAGGGUCCCAGAAAGCAGUGUAUUCCAGAGAUCAUCGACACCGUCUGGAUCGGGCAAACGCCUUCCUCUGCGGGUUGGACAUGAGCAAGAUAGGCCAAGUUACAAUGAAGACUACCUAAAGGAGCUCCGAGAUUCCACGCCUUCAACACCGAAAGCUUCCUCCGAUGCAGACAAGGAAAAGACGGUUGAUGUGGCUGCCAAAUUUGGAGAAGUGAUGAAAGUAUCAGCGCCAUCAGCUAUUCCAAGCGAGGCUGAGAUAAGGGAAAAGAAAGCCAGAAGGGCGCGGUUAGCGAAAGAACAAGGUUCCCUUUUGGCUGAACAAGAUUACAUUUCUCUUGAAGGUCAUGCGGAGGAUGAUGACUGGGAUCUUCAAGCUACACGGGAAGAGCAUACGGAUACCAGACUCAUUAGAGAUGAUGAAGACUUCGCGGAAGGGUUUGAUGAAUUUGUGGAAGAUGGUCGUAUCUCUCUUGGGAGAAAGGCCGAGCGCGAACAACAGAGAAAACAGCGCGAGGAAAUGAAGGAACUCAUCGAUGAUGCAGAGAGAUCAUCCGACGAAGAUGACUCGGACAUGGAAGAAAGAGCAGCUUAUGAAGCUACUCAAACAAGAGCUGCAAUGGGCAAGAGUGGCAGAGAUCAUGCAGAGCGACCAAAGACUCCUCCUAAAAUGACCUCGCUCCCGCGUCUCGCGCAUUGUAUGGAUCGGUUGCGUACGAAUUUGACAGUCAUAGAGCAGUCAAGGGCUCAAAUGGUGAACCGAAUGGAAGAGCUGAGAAAGGAGAAAGCUGAUAUCGCGGUCCGUGAAGUAGAAAUCCAGGUUUUAAUCAAAGAAGCCGGUGACAAAUACGAGAAACUGAAGCGAGAAGCUGGCCUCGCUCCUGGCUCUGAAGAGGACACAUCUUCAGCUGGCGUCAUUCAGAAAGCGCGGGGGCUGGAGAGCCUCGGCACUCCCUUGGCUGAAUCCACGGCCAGUUCAGAGGACGAAUCAUGA